CAUUCUUCCUCCAUACUCGGGGUCCUUGGGCCUCUCCAUUCUUCCUCCAUACUCGGGGUCCUUGGGCCUCUCCAUUCUUCCUCCAUACUCGGGGUCCUUGGGCCUCUCCAUUCUUCCUCCAUACUCGGGGUCCUUGGGCCUCUCCAUUCUUCCUCCAUACUCGGGGUCCUUGGGCCUCUCCAUUCUUCCUCCAUACUCGGGGUCCUUGGGCCUCUCCAUUCUUCCUCCAUACUCGGGGUCCUUGGGCCUCUCCAUUCUUCCUCCAUACUCGGGGUCCUUGGGCCUCUCCAUUCUUCCUCCAUACUCGAGGUCCUUGGGCCUCUCCAUUCUUCCUCCAUACUCGGGGUCCUUGGGCCUCUCCAU